UGUUUUACAUUAAUACCUAGCUUAGCUUAGCUUGCUUGCAGAUCUUAAAAAACAGGGAUUGUGCUGUAUUGUUUGGGAAAAUUGUAUUUUAUUGUUACUAUCUUUUAUUUUGUUAUCUCUCACUGAUGCAAUGGCCUGUGUACAACAAGCGAGAACUUCACUGGAUACUCAGUUGUUGCCUAAUCAGGUUCUCUCAGAGCAGCAGUCCUUAGUUGUUAUAAAGAAGCUUCUGGCCAUCGCUGUGUCUGGCAUCACAUACCUCCGGGGCCUUUUCCCAGAGAAAGCCUAUGGGAACAAAUAUGUAGAAGAUCAGAAAGUGAUGAUCCUCAAAGAGGAGCGCAGCUGUCCCGGUGCCAGUCAGAUUGUUCAAUGGAUGCAGGGUUGCUUUGAUGCUAUCCAGAAGAAGUAUCUGCGGACAGUAAUUAUGUCUAUCUACACUGACCCAGAGAACCCCCAGAAAGUGACUGAGUUUUACCAGUUUAGGAUCCAGUACACUGCAAAAGGAGCAGAAAUGGACUUUGAAAGCAACAACAACAACAACAAGGUGUCAAUGCCGUGCGGCAACACUAGGAAGGCCAGCAUCUUGCUGGUGAGGAAGCUCUACACUCUGAUGCAGAAUCUGGGUCCUCUGCCAGACAAUGUCUGCCUCAACAUGAAGCUGGCUUACUAUGACAAUGCCACUCCUCAGGACUACCAGCCGCCGGGCUUCAAAGAGGCAGACGGCGACACCAUGGAAUUUGAGAAGGAGCCGGUCAAACUCACCAUGGGCGAGGUGACCACUCCCUUCCACACUCUGAAGUUGGACAUGGCCACAGAGAGACAGAGGCUGGAGCAGGUGGAGGAGAGUGUUCAUGCGACGGAGAAGUGGGUUCUGAAGAUGGAGGAGGAGGGCGUCCUGUUGCAGAGUCAUAUGAUUGAAGAUGGGGAGAAACCUGACUACGAGAACACGGACUUUGACAACACUGAGAUCCAGAUGAGCUGUCAUGAGAAGAUUGAGAGUUGUGAGGAAACCACAGAGCUCGACACUUUGGUGAAGAAGACCUCCGACAUGGAGGUGGCCCGGAAGAGGACCAGGAGUGGACGGAUUAUCAAGUCCACUACGGAGACAAACCUGACUGUGAACAACAAGAAGCUGACAGCUAUGAAGGAUAAAGUGGUUUCUCAGUAUGACAUCCCAAACAGCCAGGAAACGCUGUCUACCUCCGCUCCUAAGAAGAAACGCAAAUUCAGCGAGCCCAAGGAACGCUUCUGACCUCACACCCGCUGUUACCACAGCAGCACUGCUCUAUUGAUUUACAUUGACAUUUUUUUAAGUUUCAAUUGACAUGUUACAUAGCUGUUUUUAAAGGGAAUCCCACAUCCCUUUUAGCAUUCAUUUGUGAUAUAACUGUUUGUUUGCUCUACAAUUUAUUUUAAUGCAAUGCAAAUAUAAGUUGGAAUACUGGUGAACAAAUGUAUUAAUGAUUUAUUAAGUUGAUCUAAUGGCUGUUUGUUUUGAUGUUAGCAUUCUGAGUUACUUGUUUAAAAGGCAGAUUUCAUAAUUGAAUAAAAUACAUAAAUGCAUCCA